GUAUUCUUAUCAACCAAUUUCCAGUCUUACACCGGUUUUCUGCCGAUUCACACGUAUUCAAGUGUCAAUAUGACAGCAGUCAAUAAAGGUGUAUUUAUUGUUGCGGCAAAACGCACGCCUUUUGGUAAAUAUGGUGGGGCUCUCCGGAAUACACAUCCAGCUGAUCUUCUUGCUGUAGCCGCCAAAGAAGCCUUCAAAGCUGGCAGUGUCAACCCCACCGCUAUAGACACUGUUAACGUUGGACAAGUAAACACAAUAAGUGGAUCUGGGGAUGGGGCUCUAGCUGCGAGACAUGGAGCCUUGAAGGCUGGUAUUCCACAGGAAAAACCAGCUUUGGGAGUGAACAGAUUGUGUGGAUCCGGAUUUCAAGCAAUUAUCAACAGUGCUCAGGAUAUAUUAACAGGAGCAGCAAACGUGUCCCUUGCUGGAGGUACUGAAAGUAUGUCAACCGUCCCGUUCGUCGUAAGAAAUGUUCGCUUCGGGCUAUCAUUGGGAGUCAGCACACCAUUCGAAGAUGCUCUAACCGCAUCUUCUCUGGAUACAUUCUGCAAGUUCACAAUGCCACAGACAGCGGAAAAUCUAGCGGAGAAGUAUGGUCUUCAAAGAGGAGAGGUUGAUGAGUUCGCGUUGCAAUCCCAGAAGAAGUGGAAGGCUGCUUAUGAUAGCGGAGUUUUCAAAGCCGAAAUCGCUCCGGUACCAAUUAAAGUGAAAAAGCAAGAAGUAUUAAUAGAGAUGGAUGAGCAUCCGAGACCAGAAACAACUGCAGAGGGUUUACACAAGUUGCCAGUGUUGUUCCGGAAGGGUGGUGUUGUUACCGCUGGAAAUUCUUCAGGGAUCAAUGACGGAGCAGGUGCCCUUAUUUUGUCCAACGAGGACGGUCUUAAACAAAAUAACUUAAAGCCACUGGCAAGGCUUUUGGGAUGGUCAUUCGUAGGAGUUGAGCCAGGAAUAAUGGGUAUCGGGCCAGUACCGGCUAUACAGAAGUUACUCGCUGCUACUCAGCUCACAUUGGAUGAUAUCGAUUUAGUCGAGAUCAAUGAAGCGUUCGCUGCACAAACUUUGGCGUGUGUGUCAGAGCUGAAGCUGGAGCACAGUAAAUUAAAUGUAAAUGGUGGAGCCAUAGCUAUGGGACAUCCGGUCGGUGCUUCUGGAGCCAGAAUUACGGCGCAUCUAGUACAUGAACUGAGACGCCGUGGUCUUAAACGAGGCAUUGGAUCAGCGUGCAUCGGUGGCGGACAAGGCAUUGCCUUACUAGUGGAAACUGUAUAAAAAUAAAAGAAAUCUAAACUCUAAAUCUGUGUAUACUAUGUGUACCAUUCAAUUGUAUUUUACUUGGAUGUACUGUGAUGAAUUUAUUGUUUUUGAGUCUAUUUUAUAAUGCACCGUAAGUAAUGUAUCAGAUAUAUUUAGAGGCGCUAGUGGGUGCUAGUCAUGGUUAUUGAGCUAAUAUGUAUAUUUGGAGUCAUCACAAUAUUAUAACGUUAGUAAUAUUUGAAAUGUAUGAAAAACAAAUUUUCACUUGCAUUGUCGCUUAUUGACUUACUUUUUAUAUAUAUUUUUAUACUUAUAAUGUUCCUGUCAAUUUGAAUAUAGCCUUUAUAAUGCAAGUGAUUAUUUUAAUAUGUUGACAAUUGUUUACU